GAAGUACAGUUUGACGGUUUUAAAGAAGUUGAUUUAAGAGAGAAAUUUGCGGAGAUAGUGAUAUAUAUUGCGGAUUAGGUUAGUUCAUUUCAGUUUCUUGGUUUAUCUUCAGAUUUUGCUGGACGAAGAAAGUACUGCAUAUUUAAGGUUUGGUUUUGGUUUCAGAAGUUGUAUUCAUCUUUUCAAGUUUGACUGUGUUAAUUAUUAAAUUAUGGUAAUGGGGAAGAAUUUGUACUCUUCAGAGUUUGUUAACUGCACAAGAGCAUUAAGAAGGAAAAGGAUUACUAUAUCAAACAAUAUGGAAACUUUUCCUUUUAAUUCUCCUAUUAGAACUCCAUUAAAGAAGCAGCGAUCUAUUACGCGAUUGGAUUCGGAGAAUUUGUCACUUCUACAACAGGACAUUUUGUCUAUUGAAUCUCUGCCACAGGACAUUUUGGUAAGGAUAUUAUGUUGUGUGGAGCAUGAAGAUCUUAAGCAACUUGUACAUGUUUCGAAAUCGAUGAAAGAUGCUGCAUUGGUUGCAAAGAAAUGGCAUUUUGAAUUUAGUACUCCAAAUGCAAAAACCGCUGCUUUACGGUCUUUCAAUUCAUCUGAAGAUCUAAGUAGGUUUGAUAUGGAAACACCGAAUGCUCCUGGAAAACAAGGGUUUUACAGGCGUCGAAUCAGCCGGGAGAAACUCACAGACCUCGCUGUGGCUUUGUUCCAUUCACCUGAGGAAGAAAACUGGUCUAAGAAGAACAAUGGAGGGUUUUGUUCAUGGAAUUGAACUAAAACAUUUGAGUGAUUUCUGUGAAUAUUAACUAACACAAUUCUUAUCAGGGUGUUUUGUGUAGACUUGGUUGUUAUAGCUGUUUUUGUCGUUGUUGUAUUUAUAUAUGUAGGGAUAAAGAUAGGAUUCAUUUGAUCCAAGUUAAGUUACGUAUUGUAGGUUAUAUUAGUAGGUCAUUCUUCAAUUGGCUUCAUUGAAGGUCUAGUGAAUUUAUUUUUCUCUUCUUCCUAUUUAGUUGUGUGGAGGAGUUUUCAAGUAGAGUUCGAAAAUGGGCAUUUCCCUCCUUGCCUAUAUGCUGCAGAGCUAUGUAAUGUACAGAUUUAAAUUCGGUUCAGUUACUUUUUUGUUCUCAAGAACUCGUGCUUUUUUGUAGUAUGUAUUAUGUAAUUUGUGCUUCAAUUUUAGUACAUGGUAAUUUUGAGAUUGGUUCA